UUUGAUGCCGUACGUUUCUUCCCCGCGACUCGUGAGCGAGCGGGUUCGCUCAUAAACAGGGCUUUCUGAUCUUUUGAGCAUCUGAUGUACUAUUCAAUUUCUUCUGGCGCUGUGCUAUUCAAUGCGGUGGUCAAGGAUAAGAGAUGGACAGGCUUUCAAAACAUUCAAUUCUUUAACGCCGUCGGAACCGACAAGGUGCAUCCAUAAUCAAUAGCUGACACGAUGAAUUGAUAUAUUUUACAAGUGUGAAUGGUUGGUCGUACAGUUACCGCCAUGUUGUUUCUUUCUUUCUACUUACUAGCGUCUCUCACUUUUGUUCUAUCUCAAGGUAAUCCCAACCCAACUGUAGGUGGGGAUCCCGACAAUGGCUGGCAGACAUUGCCGCAGGUCAUCGAUGCUACCGCAUAUCCUGACUGGGACGUGGGAGGUGGAAGCUUACCCGUAUACCAAACCAGCGGGGUUGAUAAUGGAAACAUAACUAGAGCAGUGAUAGUUUUACCUGGACGAAACCGGGAUUGCUGGUUCUAUUGGAACGUCAUGAACAACGCUCUGUCUAAUGCAACAAGGUCUGGUGCCGUUAGUGGACGCGACAACGUAUCCAUCAUGGGACCAUGCUUCUUCACGCAACCCGACUUGAAAGCAGGUGCGGCCCACGAUGGCCAGAUGCUUUGGGGCGCGACAACUUGGGUUAGUGGGCAUGAGAGCAUCACCCCACCAUAUCUUAGUAGCUUUGCCGUCCUCGACGCUUUGGUGGAUUAUUACACGGAUACCAGUGUAUACCCAAAUCUAAAAACCGUCGUCAUCGCGGGGCAUUCUGCAGGUGCGCAAAUGACCCAGCGCUACGCUGCUUUACGGAGAUCGACCAAGGACGAUAAUCGUCUUCACUUUUGGAUAGCCAACCCUGGGUCAUUAUGCUGGUUGACAAAGGACCGGCCGUUCCCUAAUGCAACGUGUGGAGGUGUGGACGACUACAAGUAUGGACUGUCCAGUCGCUUUCCGGCGUACUCUUCCGGGGAUGCGGCUAGAAAUGGUGUGGUAUCUAGAUAUAACAGUAGGAACAUACACUACGCGUGGGGUUUGAAAGAUAAUGGUCCUGGAGACACCCGAUGCGAAGCACUGACGCAGGGGAGCACCCAUUUAGAGAGAGGCCGGAAUUUUGUUGCAAUGCUGGAGGGUUUGGAGGGUUCCCUACCGCCAAGUGCAACCGUUGACUGGGUCGAGGGAGUCUCACACUCGAACGAGGAUAUGAUGAAUAGCCAGGCUGGGAUUGACAAGUUGUUCCUGUACGACAAUGCUCCGAGCCAGCCUCUUCCUCAGCUUCGGACCAGUGGGACAUCCAGGAGCAUGAUAUCAUGGGCGAUUUAUCUCAUGCCCGUGAUAUCCUCCAUCCUCCUGCUUAGAUGCUAGAAAAUUGUAUACCAAAGCCUGGAUACAGACUGUUUUUGCUGUCCACCAUCAAUGUAUUAUGGUCGGGAUACUACUGCAGUUUACGGAUAUGUAGGCGAUUAUUAAAACGACAAUGUCUUGAAGUGAUUCACAUUUGUUUCUCUCCCUGCCCCGUCGAUGUCUUGGCACUGGGCUACUUACUACUAUAUUUUCUGCCUCUCGAAUUUUUUGUUGCCACUGUAUGUAUGUAUGUCAAUGGAUAACACGCGACCGUGCAAUUAGACACAUUUGCCAUGUGAGUUAGGAAAGAACAGUCCAUGUUUGCUUAGAAAGACAAACGAGUACAGAAUACUACGAAAACCAGCUAUUUAAAUACUCUUUCGUAUCCUUCUAGUACUUUCUUCCUCUUAGUAAAACUUUACUUAGCAAGACCCGGACGUCGCGCCAGCCUGUACAGCCACAGGGUCAUCAAUAUUCC